CUCACGUUGGAUUGGAAAAUAAUUCUGAAAACACUGUAUUAAAAUUAUUGAAUAUAUCACAAAAGACAUUAACAAUUAUUGGUGGAAAUGAAGCACUUUAUGUUCAAGAUGAUAAAGAAGCCGAAAAAAAUUGGAGGAAUUCAGUUAAUGAUUCUAAACAUUGGCAAAUAAUUUCUUACAACAUACGACCAAUAUUUGAUUUACUUGAUGAUGAAAUAAAAAAUAAAGUAUUGGAAGCAUUUGGUAAACAAAUCCUUAAAGCUAGGAUAACUAUUCGUAAAACAGAAUUACAACCAUCAAGCUCGUGCCCAAUUGUGAUAGAUGAUUUGAAUAAGGAAAUUAAUGAUGUUACUUCAAGUCCACACCAAUGUCAGAUCUUUGCAUCAAUAAUAAACCAGGAUAAUCGGGUUUAUUCUCUGCGAGUUGAAUAUUUAGAUGAAAAUACACCCGUAUUUGUUAUCCAUUAUAUCGGUGGAAGAACGAACUCAAGAAAAAAAAAUCCAUAUAAAAUAGAAAUUGGAUGGAUUAUUAUUGGUUAUCCAGAAAAUUUUAUAUUUGAACAAAGGAAUAAUGAAAUGGAAGUUAUUAUCAAUGAAAAAUAUUGCGAGGAAAUGGUAAAAGUAGAAAUAGAAAACAACCAUUCAUACAGUUGCUGUAAACUAGGGAUAAGUGUGAUUGAAAGUCCUGAGAUAUCCAGUAAUUACAAUGUAUACAAAUCCAAAAUUGUGACCGGUGCUCAUUUUCCUCCUGAAAAUAUGGCAUGCUUAUUUAUUCACAAUCUUGAUAAAAACCAUAAUGUCAAUGAAAAUAUUGGUGAAAAUUUACGUUUGAAAAUGGUAUACGGAAUAAUUCCUGACUCCGUUGACGACUAUAAAAAAUUAAUUGCCCCUGAUAAUGAAGAUAAAAAGAUUCUUUCUUUAAUUCUUGAAGGUUGUUGUAAACUCAAAGAUGGAUACAAAGUUGGUGAUUUGGUAUUCAUGAAUGUUGUGAAUAAAUGUGAUCAUCAUGGAUUUGUAAACAUUACUCCACAAUAUCUACUCUAUGAUUCGCUAAAUAACACAAGUAAUGAAUUUGAAG